AUGGUAAUUGUUUCUGAUGCUCACAAAAGUAUAGAAAAUGGGUUUAAUACCGUUUAUGAAAUAGCUGAACAUGGAUUAUGUGCAUUCCAUUUGUUGAAGAACUUGAAAAAGAACCAUAAAUCACUUCCCAUGGAGGACUCAUUCAAUAAAUGUGCCAGAGCGUAUACACCACUGGAAUUUGAGUACUACAUGAGGCAACUCGAACAACUAUCUCCAUCAAUGAGGCAUGAGUUGGAAGCAGUGGGAAGACAUAAGUGGGCCAGGGCAUUUUUUAAGAGAAAAAGAUACCAGGUUAUUACAACCAACAUCUCUGAAAGUAUGAACUCUACCUUGAAAAAACAACGAGAAUUGCCUGUAAUGGGACUUCUAGAAUCUAUCCGUAGUUUGAUUCAAAAAUGGUUCUAUGAACGUCGUACCAAAUGGAGAUUCCAACGCACACAACUUUCAAUAUAUGCAGAAGAUAUGAUUCGAGAAUCCUUGGCGCAGAGCCGCUCAAUGAAUAUAUAUCCUGUAGACCAACAUGAAUUUGAAGUCCACCAUCGUAAGGAACAAUUUGUCGUCAACAUUUUAAAUCGGACAUGUUCAUGUCGUCAAUGGGACCUUGAUUUGAUCCCUUGUUCAUAUGCAUGUAUAGCAUUGUCCACAAGGAAUCUUAAUCUCCAUUUAUACACCGAUAAGUUCUACUAUGUCUCAAAUUUGAUAAACCUGUACAAGAAGAGGACGUGUCCUAUUGGUACUGUAAACCAAAUUAGGAAUACCCACCAAGGUGGCAAUGAUGGAAUACUUCCACCGCAUGUUAAACGUCCAGCUGGAAGACCCAAAAAGAAGAGGUUUACUUCAUUCUUAGAGAAGAAAGCCUCUGUUCGUUGUAGCAGGUGUGGUAAAGGUCACAAUUGCAGGUCUUGUAAAGAACCCAUUUAG